AGUGAGCUGCGGAAGAGAGCAGAGAUAGAGAGUGUGUUUGUUGGCGGCCAUGGCUUUGUCGGUCUCAGUCUUGGCCGUCGUUACUUCUGUGCACUUAAUCGCUUUCGUCCUCGCCGUCGGUGCUGAACGACGUCGAAGCACGGGUAAAGUGAUGCCGGAUGAGUACGAUGAGCGGACAUUCUGCGUAUAUGAUACGGAUGCUGCGACGGUGUACGGACUGGCGGCUUUUGGGCUCCUGCUGAUAAGUCAGGGGGUCCUUCACGGAGUCACCAGAUGUCUCUGCUUCGGAAGAGGUCUCAUGGGCGGCACCUCCACCACCUUUGCCAUCUUCUUCUUCGUCGUUUCAUGGGUAAGCUUUCUGGGAGCAGAGGCGUGCUUACUGGCGGGGUCGGCAAGGAAUGCUUACCACACCAAGUACCGUGGUUACUUCGGCGCUCAGGAUCUGUCCUGCGCUACCCUCCGGAAAGGGGUAUUCGCAGCUGGGGCAGCUCUCACCUUAGUCUCAAUGGCGGGCUCCAUCUUCUACUACUGGGCUCACGCCAAGGCUGAUACCGGUGGUUGGCAGAAGCACCACAACGAAGCUGGUGGUAUUGGUGGUUCUGCAUCAUCUGUAGGGAUGACGAGCACCAAUACCAACUCCAAUCCUUUCCAGCAACAACCACAACCACCUGUGAACAACCACUUUGCAAAGGUUUGAGACUAGAUUAGAGAGGUUACAAGAAUUUCAUUUAAAUUUUGGGGGGGUUUGGGUUGAUUAUUCCUUAAAAAAGACUGAAGAAGUGGCAGAGUAAGGAUGGAAGUGUAUGUAAUGUAAUUAAUUAUAUAGGAAAAAUCAUAGUAGAGUAAUAUCCUGAGAUGAAGUGCAAGUGAUUGUUAUGU